AGUUGAUCAAGGACCAUGGCAGCAUCCCGAUACUCUCUCCAAGGUCAACGUUUGGAGGCUCAGACCUUCCCCUCUCCCGGCCAUGUCCCUGCGACUUUCUCGAGCCGCUCGCGGUGUUUGAUUGAUAUGGAUAGUGUCCUCAUCGUGUUGACCGAGGGCGCCAACAACGAUGCUGCGGCUGAACAACCAGCUCUGGCAUAUCAGCGCAUGCUGUAUCGCCUUGAAAUAGGUCUUGCCGUCCGUGGAAACGUUGCAUUUGCCGACGAGUCUCAAAGGACAACAGCCGACUGCGAAGAAAUUCUGACGAAAGAAUUGAACGCAUUGACCAAGUGGCAGAUUGUUGGUCUACGGUUCCCUUUUUGGACGAAGGAAACAAACACAAGACAAAGUAUCGUCCUUGUGUGAAGCUUUAUGGAGACCAGGAGGGUCCUGCUCUCUAUCUGUCGGUCUAUAUGGGAGCUCCCCGAUUCUCAGAAUCAGUGUCUCGUCCCUGGGAAAUCUACGUGAUGGGUCCGGGAGACCUUGCUCCUGCAUCAGCUCUGGAUUCAGCUGUGGACGUAAGCAAGCUUUGCGGAAUGCCUCAAGAGUUCCAUCGUCCAGGGGAUCAAGUGCACGGGAAGCAAACUUGGGAUUCGUUCUUUCUCAAUAACAAAGACCAGCGUUCAGUACUGUCCGCUGCUCACCCUGAAAGUUUGCGCGAGAAGAUCGUUCAGACUUUGGUUGAAAUGUUACGACAAAACCCUCGAAAAAUCAGAUCAGUCACGGAUCAUAGAACCGGCAUACGAGUACCGAUACCGGUAUGCCACACGUCGUACCAGUACAGUCGUACAGUCGUACCGUAUUUUUUAAUUAAAAAAGUCCGAAUUAUUAUACA